AUGCCGAUGAACCACACACCGUUCCUCGCUAUAUUUCUUCUCUUCCUCGGUUUACUCCGGUUCGAUUCAUUUCCCGGUUUAGAAGCAGCGCCCGGAAACUUGACUUCGAUUCCGGGGUCACCCGGAAACUUGACUUCGACUCCGGGGUCGCCCGGAAACUUGACUUCGACUCCGGGGUCGCUCGGAAACUUGACUUCGACUCCGGGGUCGCCCGGAAACUUGACUUCGACUCCGGGGUCGCCCGGAAACUUGACUUCGACUCCAAGAUCGCCCGGAAAUUUGACUUUGACUCCGGGGUCGCCCGGUAACUUGACUUCGGUUCCGGGGUUAUACGUGUUUGGAGAUUCGUUGGUUGAUGUUGGAAACAACAACCACUUACUAAUCUCCAUAGCGAGAGCCAAUUAUGCACGUAACGGCGUCGAUUUUCCUGGCAAGAAAGCCACCGGAAGAUUCUGUAACGGCAAAAAUGCCGCCGACUUUCUUGCUGAGAAAUUUGGUUUGCCGUUAUUGCCGCCGUAUCUCUCACUAAGAGACAUAGUAACGAGGAAAAGGAAAAAAAACGCCCCCGUGCCAGGUGUGAAUUUUGCUUCCGGCGGUGCCGGAAUCUUCAACAGCACUGACGGAAAACAUAAACAAGCUAUUCCUCUAUCACAACAAGUGAACGAUUGGCUCUCUAUUCAAGAAGAAAUCUAUCAGCUCGGAGGACCAUCCGGAGCACAAAUUCACCUAUCCAAAUCUCUGUUUAUCGUGGUCAUAGGUAGUAACGAUCUUUUCGACUUCGUUGGAUCGUCCAAACUAAAAAAGAAUAACGAUCCUCAGCAAUAUACACUGGCAAUGGCUGUUAAACUCAAAGAACAACUGAAGAGAAUUCACAAUAGUGGAGCGCGUAAAUUCUUGAUACUAGGGGUGGCACAGAUUGGUUGCACACCGGGCAAAAGAAAUAAAAAAUCAAUACUCCAUGAAUGCAGUGAAGAGGCGAACAUGAUGGCAUCUUUGUACAACGAGGCCCUAACAAAGAUGCUGCAACAACUCAAACAAGAGAUAGGAAACACAAUGUCUUACACUUACUUUGAUCUCUUCAAGGCCAUACAAGACAUUAUAAACAAUCCCACCAGUUACGGUUUUGCUGACGUGACAUCAGCGUGUUGUGGAAAUGGCAAAUUAAACGGGCAGCAUCCUUGUCUUCCUCUCGCAAAAUUAUGUCCGGACAGGUCCAAAUAUCUCUUUUGGGAUAUGUUUGGUCAUCCCACAGAAGCUGCCGCUUGGACCGUCGUCGAUCUUAUGCUCGCUCCUAAUUCACAAUACUCAUCUCCUUUAACUCUCACUCAAUUAGUCUCUUCAUGA